UUGUAGUUGCUCCAGUGGUGUCCACUAUGCGGAAACAGUUAACGAAGGGAAAUUGGAAUGGGAAAAACAAUGGAUAAGGGUAGUACACAACUAUGGGGCCGUUAAGAGUUGGUGUUGGUGUCGGUGCGAGCGUGGUAGAUGUCGAUACUGUGGUGGACUCAGUAGUUCCCUGUGACGAGCUGGGUAGAUUGGUGGUCAGUGAAGCUAGGAUUGGUGGCAAAGUUGUUGGAGUUGUAGAUGAAGAUUCGGUUGAGAACACAGUUGUUGAGGCAGUUGAUGCGGAGGUUGAUGUUGGUGUAGUUGAGGCCUCAGAUGUUACAUCUGAGCUGGAAGAUGUGGCAGCUUCCGUUGUCGAAUUUGUACCAGACAAUGACGUAAAGAGUUCCGUUGCUGAAUCUGAAAUUGAGGCUCCAGUUGUUGAAUCUGAACUUGAAGUUGUUGUAGAGACUUCCGUUGUUAAAUCGGCAGCAGAAGAUGUCGUAGUUGAAUCAGAAGCAGGAGAUGCCGUAGAAGUUGAGUCUGAGCUGGAAGAUGUUGUUGAGGCUUCGGAUGUUGAAUCUGAACUGGAAGAUGUCGCAGAGACUUCCGUUGUUGAAUCUGUUAUGGAAGGUGUUGUAGAAGCUUCUGUUGUUGAAUCUGAAGAAGAAAAUGGCGUAGAAACUUCCGUAGUUGGGUCUGAGCUGGAAGAUGUGUUUAAGGCUCCGGUUGUUGAAUCUGUUCUUGAAGAUGUGGUAGAGACUUCCGUUGUUGAAUCUGAAGUAGGAGAUGUCGUAGAAGUUGAGUCUGAGCUGGAAGAUGUUAUUGAGGCUUCGGUUGUUGAAUCUGAAGUAGGAGAUGUCGUAGAAGCUGAGUCUAAGCUGGAAGAUGUUGUUGAGGCUUCGGAUGUUGAAUCUGAACUAGAAGAUGUAGUAGAGACUACCGUUGUUGAAUCUGAAGUAGGAGAUGACGUAGAAGUUGAGUCUGAGCUGGAAGAUGUUGUUGAGGCUUCGGUUGUUGCAUCUGAAGUAGAAGAUGUCGUGGAGACUUCCGUUGUUGAAUCUGUAUUGGAAGGUGUUGUAGAAGCUUCUGUUGUUGAAUCUGAAGUAGAAGAUGCCGUAGAAGCUUCCGUAGUUGGGUCUGAGCUGGAAGAUGUUGUCGAGGCUUCAGUUGUUGAACCUGGACUAGCAGUUGCAGAAGAAGCUUCCGUUGUUGAUUCAGAACUAGAAGAUGUAGAAGAGGCUUCCGUUGUUGUGUCUGAAGUAGAAGAUGCCGUAGAAACUUCAGUAGUUGAGACUGAGCUGGAAGAUGUUGUUGAGACUUCGGUUAUUGCAUCUGAAGUAGAAGAUAUAGUAGAGACUUCCGUUGUAGAACCUGAAGUAGGAGAUGUCGUAGAAGUUGAGUCUACGCUCGAAGAUGUUGUUGAAGCUUCGGAUGUUGAAUCUGAACUAGAAGAUGUAGUAGAGACUUCCGUUGUUGAAUCUGAAGUAGGAGAUGACGUAGAAGUUGAGUCUGAGCUGGAAGAUGUUGUUGAGGAUUCGGAUGUUGAAUCUGAAGUAGAAGAUGUCUUGGAGACUUCCGUUGUUGAAUCUGUAUUGGAAGGUGUUGUAGAAGCUUCUGUUGUUGAAUCUGAAGUAGAAGAUGCCGUAGAAGCUUCCGUAGUUGGGUCUGAGGUGGAAGAUGUUGUUGAGGCUUCGGUGGUUGUAGAAGGUUCAGUUGUUGAAUCUGAAGUUGAAGAAGCCGUAGAAACUUCCGUAGUUGAGACUGAGCUGGAAGAUGUUGUUGAGGUUUCAGUUGUUGAAUCUGAACUAGAGGUUGUAAAAGAGGCUUCCUUUGUUAAUUGUGAACUAGAAGAUGUAGAAGAGGCUUCCGUUGUUGAGUCUGAAGUAGAAGAUGCCGUAGAAACUUCAGUAGUUGAGACUGAGCUGGAAGAUGUUGUUGAGACUUCGGUUGUUGCAUCUGAAGUAGAAGAUGUAGUAGAGACUACCGUUGUUGAAUCUGAAGUAGGAGAUGACGUAGAAGUUGAGUCUGAGCUGGAAGAUGUUGUUGAGGCUUCGGAUGUUGAAUCUGAAGUAGAAGAUGUCGUGGAGACUUCCGUUGUUGAAUCUGUAUUGGAAGGUGUUGUAGAAGCUUCUGCUGUUGAAUCUGAAGUAGAAGAUGCGUUAGAAGCUUCCGUAGUUGGGUCUGAGGUGGAAGAUGUUGUUGAGGCUUCGGUGGUUGUAGAAGCUUCAGUUGUUGAAUCUGAAGUUGAAGAUGCCGUAGAAACUUCCGUAAUUGAGACUGAGCUGGAAGAUGUUGUUGAGGUUUCAGUUGUUGAAUCUGAACUAGAAGAUGUAGAAGAGGCUUCCGUUGUUGAGUCUGAAGUAGAAGAUGCCGUAGAAACUUCAGUAGUUGGGUCUGAGCUCGAAGAUGUUGUUGAGGCUUCGGUUGUUGCAUCUGAAGUAGAAGAUGUAGUAGAGACUUCCGUUGUUGAAUCUGAAGUAGGAGAUGACGUAGAAGUUGAGUCUGAGCUGGAAGAUGUUGUUGAGGCUUCGGAUGUUGAAUCUGAAGUAGAAGAUGUCGUGGAGACUUCCGUUGUUGAAUCUGUAUUGGAAGGUGUUGUAGAAGCUUCUGUUGUUGAAUCUGAAGUAGAAGAUACCGUAGAUGCUUCCGUAGUUGGGUCUGAGAUGGAAGAUGUUGUUGAGGCUUCGGUGGUUGUAGAAGCUUCCGUUGUUGAAUCUGAAGUAGAAGAUGCCGUAGAAGCUUCCGUAGUUGGGUCUGAGCUGGAAGAUGUUGUCGAGGCUUCAGUUGUUGAACCUGGACUAGCAGUUGCAGAAGAAGCUUCCGUUGUUGAUUCUGAACUAGAAGAUGUAGAAGAGGCUUCCGUUGUUGAGUCUGAAGUAGAAGAUGCCGUAGAAACUUCAGUAGUUGAGACUGAGCUGGAAGAUGUUGUUGAGACUUCGGUUGUUGCAUCUGAAGUAGAAGAUGUAGUAGAGACUUCCGUUGUUGAAUCUGAAGUAGGAGAUGACGUAGAAGUUGAGUCUGAGCUGGAAGAUGUUGUUGAGGCUUCGGAUGUUGAACCUGGACUAGCAGUUGUAGUAGAGGCUUCCGUUGUUGAUUCUGAACUAGAAGAUGUAGAAGAGGCUUCCGUUGUUGAGUCUGAAGUAGAAGAUGCCGUAGAAACUUCAGUAGUUGAGACUGAGCUGGAAGAUGUUGUUGAGGCUUCGGUUGUUGCAUCUGAAGUAGAAGAUGUAGUAGAGACUUCCGUUGUAGAACCUGAAGUAGGAGAUGUCGUAGAAGUUGAGUCUACGCUGGAAGAUGUUGUUGAAGCUUCGGAUGUUGAAUCUGAACUAGAAGAUGUAGUAGAGACUUCCGUUGUAGAACCUGAAGUAGGAGAUGUCGUAGAAGUUGAGUCUGAGCUGGAAAAUAUUGCUGAGGCUUCGGAUGUUGAAUUUGUGCUAGAAGUUGUUGCAGAUGCUUCCGUUGUUGGGUUUGAAAUGGAAGCUGUGGUGGAGUUUUCCAUAGUAGUUGCUAAACUUGAGAUUGUUGUUUGUAUUGAAGAGAUCAAGGUGCUUAUAACCGAUGGUUCCAUGGUGUUUGCCAAAGUAGUUGGUGUACUUUGUAGCGAAGUUGGCUCUGUUGUAGUAUCUGUUAUUGAAAAAAUUGUUGAUUGAAUUGUGGUGAGGAGUGUGGUAAGGACACUGGGAUCUGGUGAACUUUGCGAAAGUGGGGUUGUUGACAUUUCGCCCUCUGUGGCCUGC